AUGUUAUGCAAAAGUAUUAUGUAUUCUGUUCGAAAGAACCCAAAACCUCGUCAACUUCAUCAUGUGCCAAAGGCACCUUUACCUGGAGAACCUGCAAAACCAUAUACACUUACUGAAAUUCCUGGACCAAGGUCAGAUGCUCUCCUCAAUGAAUUUUCUAAAAUUCAGCAAAUAGGGUCCAUUCAAUAUUUUGCAGACUAUCAAAGAUCUGUUGGAAAUUAUUUAGCAGACAUUGAUGGAAAUGUUUUCUUAGAUAUGUAUAUGCAAAUUUCCACCCUUCCUCUUGGUUAUAAUCAUAGAUCUAUUCUUGCUGCAUUAUCAUGUGCAGGGAACCAACGGGUAAUAGCAAAUAGACCAGCAUUAGGUUUAUUUCCUGGUUUAGAGUGGCCAUGUAAAAUUCAAGAUACAUUGCUUCAACCAUGUGUAGCUCCAAAAGGACUAUCAUGUGUUUUUACAACCAUGUGUGGUGCUUGUGCAACUGAGCAUGCUAUACAAAUGGCAUUCAUAAAAUAUGCAGAAAGAUGUCGUCGAGGCGAGACUUUCACAAAAGAAGAAAAAAAUAGUGCAAUCUUUAAUAAACCACCUGGUUGUCCUGAAUUAUCUAUCCUUUCUUUUAAAGGAGGAUUUCAUGGUAGAACCUUUGGUGCAGUGGCACUAUCACAUUGUAAAUAUAUAAUGAAAGUUGAUCUACCUUCUCUUCCAUGGCCAAUUGCACCUUUUCCACAAUAUUCUUAUCCUUUGGAUCAGCAUGAAAAAGAAAAUAAGGAAGAGGAUGCACGAUGCAUAGAACAAGUAGAAGAUUUAAUAGAACGAUACGAAAAGUCAAUGCCAGUUGCUGGUAUCAUAGUUGAAGCAAUACAAUGUGAAGGUGGAGAUAGACAUGCUUCUCCAGAUUUCUUUCAAUGCUUACAAGACAUUACUAAAAAAAAAGGUAUUCCUUUAAUAUUGGAUGAAGUACAAACAGGAGGUGGUGCAACUGGAAGAAUAUGGGCACAUGAAUAUUUUGAAUUAAAUACUCCCCCAAAUAUAGUCACCUUUAGCAAUAAAAUGCUAGCUAGUGGAUUUUAUCAUUCCUCUGAAUACAUGCCUAGGCGUCCGUAUAGAGUAUUUAAUACAUGGAUGGGUGAACCAAGCAAAAUACUGAUGUUAGAGGCAGUACUACAAACUAUUGAGGCAGAAGAUUUAUUAACUCAUGUUUGUCAUGUUAGUAAUUAUUUGCUUUGUCAAUUAAAUACAUUACAGCAUGAAUUUCCGCAUCUUAUAAAUUCCGUGCGAGGUAGAGGCUUUAUCAUUGCAUUUGAUAUGGCAUGUAAAGAUUUGAAAACUAAAAUAGCCCAGCAAAUGCGUUGUAAAGGUAUUCAAGUGGGUGAUUGUGGGACAAAAUCAAUUCGGUUAAGACCAUGUCUAAUAUUUGGAGAAUAUCACGCUGAUAUUUUUUUACAAAUUCUUCGUGAUUGCUUACAAGAACUCUGUGAAAGCUGA